ACGUAUCAAGGUAUGGCCGGCGUGGAUGUAUCAGGACAGGAGAUGGGACGAGCAAGAGUACUCAUGAGAAGCCCUCUAUGGCCCAAGGAGAUUGGAGUUAGCUCACACUGCCGUUAUGAAGACACUGAUGUCAUGACACAAUCAUCUAGAAAUUCAGGUGGUGCUCCAAGGCAUAAUCGACAGAAUUCAAGAGAUCGUCCUGCUGAUCAUUGUGUCCUGCCUGAUGACAGCCAGGGACAACUCAUCCAUCCUUUCUUCUUUUCUUCCGUCUAUGAUCAUUGCCAUGGCAACUAUGAAAUCACCACCAAUCAUUCAAGUACAAACUGUACAGUGGACUAUAUCUUCUACAGCGAAUCAAUGUCAUCUAAAGCAGGAAGUCCAUAUAAACCUCUAGGUACACCAAACUUCACAAGUAAUCUUUCGCUUGUCAAACGGCUUACUCUCUUUACUGAUGGUGAAGUCAGAGCCAUGGGAGGACUACCUAAUGUUCAUUGGACAUCUGAUCAUCUCUCUCUCCAAGCUACUCUACGCCUUACUACAAUGGACUGACGGUGAAGUCAGAGCUAUGGGUGGACUGCCUAAAGUUCAUUGGACAUCUAAUUAUCUCUCUCUCUCCAGUCUCCAAGCUACUCUACGCCUUACUACAAUGGACUGAAUAGACUUUGUGUUUUUAUAAAUACCUUGAAUUACCAAUGAUUUGAUAAACAUUUUUGAGAUGAUGAUUUUAAGUAUAAGCUAGAUCUAUUUGUGCAGUGGUAUUAUGUUAAAUGAAAUGCCAAAUGAAACCUAAUUGAGAUGAAAGGUAUUUUAUUUGUUUAAUAGUUUUACAAGUCACUUUAAAGAAUUUUGUCCAAAACAACCUGGAGGAUAGAGUUGACAUUUUAACCUUGUAAAAGAAAACUUCACUCUGGACAGCUGUUAUUUAUAUGAUGUCCUUUUAUAUACAUUUAUCGUAGAUUCUUCAUGAAGUUAUACAGGUCUCUCAGGUCCCAACUCUUUGCCUUGAAUAUGGCCACCCUGUGCUGUCUUGAAAGUAUUUAUGCUAAGUCGCUCUAACAGAAUUAACGUAUGCCCUGAAAAGCACACAAACAUAAGAUUACCGUAGUCCCACGCCUCUAAAAAAAGUCCAUAGAAAGUUGAUGACUCAGUGCUUUGGCAAAUAUACCCUGAGCAAAGGAGAGCAAAGUCAUGAAUCUUAACUAUUUGCACAAUGGAAAUGUAUACGUGUACAUGUCUUACUAUUUCAUCAACUUAGUACUCAAGGCAUUACAAUGAUGGGUUAUAUCAACAUCUGCUUGUCGCCUGUUUCACACUUUUUAACCCUUUUUGGUUUGUCGCAAUUAAACUAUCAAAGCUAAGCAGUCAGAUACCAUUGCUCAGGCACAGCUCAGGCAAUUCUUUAUAGAUAAUGAUAAAUUAUAGUUAUGAUUUGUAAAUAUAAUUCAUGUUGAUCAUAAACAAGUGCACUUCCCCUCAUGAGUUUCAGUACUCAUCUCCAAUAAAUGUAUGUUUUUUAUUAAGAGAAUGGUGUUUACUAUUUAUCCUUCUUCUCAACAAAGUUUUAGCUAAAUUUACAUUCCUUAAUUCAUUAUUAUUAUUAAUAUCCAAUUCAUUGUGAUAUGUCAGGGUUACUGAAAAUGAUCAUCAUUACUCAGAGAUAUAAGGGGGUAAAUACACCUUCUUUCUACUACCUCAUUAAUCCUGUAUUACAUAGCACUAAUGUGAAUUCUGAGAGUACUUUAGGCAAUGAUGGUACUUUCAAUCUGGGCAUAGGCCAGUUACAUGUAUGGUAUUGAUGAUUGGUUGACCUUUGACCUGGGGGUAUUGAUGAAUGUAGGAUAUAUCAACAAUAAGUACAUGUAUGAACAAGUGAGCUUUAAAGAUACCAUGUCCCUUUUGCAGCCCACAUCAAAUUCUGUAGAACAUUGCAGGAAUUAUGAAUAUGUCAUGUUUGCCCUAUCUGUGAAAUUUUAACAUUAGCAGUGUCCUAAUAUUCAAAUUAUGCAAGGAAACCCGUUUACUUGCUAGACUUCACAUGAGCAUGAGCAAUUGUCUACAUCAAUAACCCACUACUUAUAAUUGCCCAAUUUAAGCUGAUUUAAUCUUUGUGCAGCACAAAACGUACGACCAUUCUUACAAUGGUCUGAAAAUUCACAAACUAAUAGUCGUUAUUUUCCCACUUAAAGACAUUUUCAGCCCCCUUUUGUUAGGGAAGUUCUAAAUUAGUAUUAUCUUUCAAAUGCCGUUCGAAUUUAACCUUUUCAUUUGUUUGCCCUGCAAAGGGGACAUAAUACCUUUAAAAUAGUAGUUAUCUUAAUUUCAACAGACAUUAUUCAGACAAAACAGAAAUAUUGAGUUUGAACUAUUUAUGUGUACAGAGUGUUUGCAUGUUGAGAUAAACAAUCAAAUUCAUUCAUACUACUCCAGGAAAUGUAUAGUUUAUUUAAAUGAUUUUUUGCAGACUAAGAAUUCAUAUUGAGGCAUUGUUUUUCACAGUUGCAAAUUUGUUGAAAUAAAAGAGGACGAAGCUGAUAUA